UGGGCUGACUGAGUGCCCUGCGCAAUCAGACUUUGAAAUCCGUUUUUAGGAUGCCCUUUAAAAGUGGCGGAGUCGCUUCCCAAACCUGGUUCGGCCAGCCUCUUUUUUGCUCCGGAUUCCCAAAGUAUCUGGUCUUCCCUACUUACUGGCCCUCAGCUACACGAUUUGGAGUUCUUGGAGUGAGAGAAAGCCUCUUGUUACAGCACAGUAGAGAAGAUUACAAAUGGCAGAGCCAUUUAACUGUGGUUAGCUGUUGAAUUCUGAUACUUUCUUAAAAUUACCUUCUUGCACCAACAUCUUCAUUGGGAAGGGUUCAGAAAAAGUAGCAGAGAAGAGAGACAACAUUGACAUUUACCAUGGCAAUACCAAUAACAGUGCUUGACUGCGACCUCUUGCUGUAUGGCCGAGGUCACCGGACACUGGACCGUUUUAAGCUGGAUGAUGUGACUGAUGAAUACUUGAUGUCCAUGUAUGGGUUUCCUCGACAGUUCAUUUAUUACUUGGUGGAGCUCUUGGGGGCAAAUCUUUCUAGACCUACUCAGCGAUCCAGGGCUAUUAGCCCAGAGACACAGAUCCUUGCAGCAUUGGGUUUUUAUACCUCAGGUUCCUUCCAGACUCGGAUGGGAGAUGCUAUUGGAAUUAGUCAGGCAUCUAUGAGUCGUUGUGUUGCCAAUGUCACCGAAGCACUUGUGGAAAGGGCCUCACAGUUCAUUCGCUUUCCAGCUGAUGAAGCCUCCAUACAGGCCCUCAAGGAUGAAUUCUAUGGGUUGGCAGGGAUGCCAGGGGUGAUGGGGGUGGUUGACUGUAUCCAUGUGGCCAUCAAGGCACCAAAUGCUGAAGACCUCUCCUAUGUGAACCGGAAAGGCCUGCAUUCUUUAAACUGCCUUAUGGUGUGUGACAUCAGAGGGGCACUAAUGACCGUGGAGACAAACUGGCCUGGCAGCCUACAGGACUGUGCUGUGCUGCAGCAGUCUUCCCUCAGUAGUCAAUUUGAAGCCGGUAUGCACAAAGAUAGCUGGCUUCUGGGUGACAGUGCCUUCUUUCUUCAUACUUGGCUCAUGACCCCACUUCACAUUCCUGAAACUCCAGCAGAAUAUCGCUAUAAUAUGGCCCAUUCUGCAACUCACAGUGUGAUUGAGAAGACUUUCCGAACCCUCUGCUCCCGAUUCCGCUGCCUGGAUGGAUCCAAAGGGGCACUGCAGUACUCACCAGAGAAGUCCAGCCACAUCAUCUUGGCUUGCUGUGUCCUCCACAACAUCUCCCUGGAGCAUGGGAUGGAUGUUUGGUCCUCUCCAAUGACAGGACCCAUGGAACAGCCCCCUGAGGAAGAGUAUGAGCACAUGGAGUCCCUGGACUUGGAGGCUGACCGUAUUCGUCAGGAGCUAAUGCUCACUCAUUUUAGCUAAUGUAGAAGGUGGAGAGGAGGGAGACUUCCCAGGAGUUGUGUCAGACUUUCCCCCUCUUCACUUUCUACAGUUCCAUCAUCUAGAAUGGCUGAGUAUACAGAUACUUGUCAUAAAGUGACAUUUAAUCUGUGUGUUUUGGUAAGAUUGGGGCUAUGCCAGUAUAUCUUGAUUCAUUUGCAAAUGCAUUAACUAAACCAAAACCAAAACAGCGGCUCCCUACUAUCCAAUGAACUCCUGGUUGAGUACCACUAGUUUGAAAGCUCACUGGUUGCAAACAUUUAUGACUGUGCCUACAAAGUCGUAGUAAAGGUCAGGAGUUUAAGACCAGCCUGGCCAACGUGGCGAAACACCAUUUCUACUAAAAAUACAAACAUUAGCUAGGCGCGGUGGUGCAUGCCUGGAAUCUACUUGGGAGGCUGAGGCAGGAGAAUCGCUUGAACCCAUGAGGCGGAGGUUGCAGUGAGCCGAGAUUGUGCCACUGCACUCCAACCUGGAUAACAGAGCAAGACUCUGUCUCAAAAAAAAAGUAAUACUAAAGGGGAAGACAGCAUAUAGUCAAAACACUUUUUUGGUUUUAAUUAUCUGUAGAUUUUGGAUGAAAACAAUAUUUACCUAUUCUUGAUUAUUUUAGUGGUAUUUUAAUUUUUCUACUUUGCUGUUUGUAUAGGCAUAAUCUGAGGCAAGUGUGAAGAGAAUUUCAGUUGGGGAAUGGUCUUCUGACAUGAGUAAAUGGCUACUAAUCCCGGUUUGCAGCUUUGUGCUUGUAAGAGGAUCUUAAAGACAGUCAGAAGCCUCCAUCUUUAGCCUGUCAGCAGUAAUUGGACUGUGACUUGGACCUAGUUCCUAGGGAGAACAUCUGGACUCCACUUUCCUAUUUCCAACCCCGAGUCGGAGUUAGAAGCUAAAUGGGUUUACGAACCCAAUCAGCUUAAAAAAGGCAAUUCGAAUAUAGACAAAAUAGCAAGCUUAUGCUUUACAGGGGAUCUAAGGACUGAGAGAGAUUGAUGAGCAAUGGAGAUUCACCCAGAUUCAGAUACCUCACAUUUAACUAGAUCACAUUUCUUAUGAUUUUGAUGUUAGAAUGUCUGUUUGAUCGUUCUGUUUGGAAAUUCCUUGUGCAAGAGGAAGAUUCAGGGAAUAAAGAAGGCAUGUGAAAGUACUAAAAAGGAGAGGUAAUAGGAAUAUGAUUUCUUGGUUUGAAAUGAAUUCUGGUGCUAGACCUUGGAUAUGCAGAGCGAUGGACAGAAUUUCCCAAGAAAUAAAUAAUCCCCCAGCAAGUCUUGUUCUAAAAUUACACUGAUAUAAAAAUAACUUGAUUGGAAUAAUGAAAGUGUGAAUUAGGUUCACACAUUGGUGCCUUUGCUGGGACAAAAAAGAGACUUUCCUCAGUGUUGUCUUGUUCCCAGUUUCUCAGCCACUCACCAUGUGAUACCUCUGAUUUGUCCUCUUGGAUCAUUUCCUACCUGCCUUUGGCAGUGUUAAUCUGGUGAUUUUUCAGAGUAAAGAAAUGAGCAGCUGAUGACAGAAGAAAUUUGGAAAUAAAUCGAGGUUGACUCAUCCUCAAGAUUAAAAACAAUUAUGGAUUAUUA